AUGUCCUUCUUGUCUUUUCUUCAAGUCAUGGGCACAACCCUUGUGGUUGCUGCCUGUGUCUACCUCAUCUCCAACCCUCUCCCUCUCGAGGAAACACCUGUUGUCAUCCAGGUUGCUCCUCAACCUAUUACUCAGUCGCUACCUGAGUCCCAAGCAGCCCAACUCGCUGCUUCAUCUUCUACCAAGAAGAUGACUCGAGUUGAGCAGCUUGCCGGCUCAGGCAUGGUAGCUUCUGCUUCUCCAGAGAUUAGGAGAAGGCCUGUUAUUAGACCGGCCAUCACUCUUUCUCUCGUGGAGAGAAGAUUAAGGGAUCGACUUCCUUCUCGUCAACCAAUCGAGGAAGUCAUUCGUUUUUCUUCUUCUGUUGCUGGCGCGCAGCAAAAAAACACCAUCUCAUCCGACAUCAUCAUGACGGAUGUUGAAAUGACUGAAGAUGCGUCGGUAUAUGCCGAAAUGUCUGAAGUCAUUUCAACUGAAGUCGAGAUGACGGAUGCCCCUGUAUUUCAGCUGAAGUCCUGCUUCAGAAGCUCCUCUUCUCGCUCUGCGAAAAGGGUUAGCUUUGCAGGACCAAGCGGUGAUAGUAUUCGUGGACAGGUGAUCACUUACGUGGUCCCUAGGAAAAUGAAGAACUAUCACCAGAAAUACUUGGGUCAGAAGCGUUGCCCUCACGAGACCUUUCCUCUUGUUGAGGAAAGAGAUCAAGAAGGUAACGCUACUGGAUGGUUUACUAAACGGGAUGGAGUUUUUCUCCACCCAAUAGCUCAUGGCGUAUUCGAACGCUGCGACGAGAAUGCAUCCUGCACUAAGUGCAGAGAGAGUCUUUCCGAAGGAUUUUUAGAUCCGGAGGUAGACUUCUCUGAUGCUAUUCUCGAAGCAGAAGAAUAUGCUCUGGGCUUUUAUGUCCUUCGGGACCAAUAUAGAAGAUACGGUUGCAUCAAUCAUGGUGGACAUUGA